CACUGUAGACUCGUGUAGAUCAACGUAGUACUACGGAGCGCGCUUUCGCAGUGUGUGAGAUCCAGUGAUAACAAACGUCCUGUGGGAAAACUAACAAAUCUCGAGUGCAUGUCUGUGUUCCGUUUGGUUACCCUGUACAGACCGGACUUCAGCUCAUCAAGAAACCUGAUGUCUGUUCGUGGCUUGAGGACAAAAUAGGAGAAAAGGUCGAUCCCAAGUCACAGCUCAAUGAAGUAGCCGAUCCCACCGCCAUCCCACGUUUUCUGCCCGAGAACCAACAAACUGGCAUCAAGCAGUCGGAGAGGCUGAAAGACCUGGGACUUGGCGAGGGACUGCAGAGUUUCUGUCGAGUCUGAGGGGGUCGAACCCCCUUCUCUGUUCCCCCCUUCCCCCCCCACACCCCCCCACACCCCUUCACCACUCCGCACCAGCACUAAACCACUUGGCUUGUGAGACUCCAGAAAGAAAACCAUAAAGCACGCAGUUCACCAAAACAACUCACAACAACUGUAAUCACCUGCGGGGGUGGUCAGUCCUCUGUGGGUCAUGCUGAGAUCUGGCUGAGCUGCAGGAUCACUGUGCUGCAAUGAGGCUGUCGCUGGGGCCCCCGCGGCCCCUCCUGGCCUGGGCCCUGGCCCUGGUCCUCUCCUUCUGCCCCCUCCCUGCCCGCCUCGGGAUCAUGCCAUUCCCCCAAGACCUGGAGCCCAUCAGCAUCGUCGGGAGCGAAUACUCGUACCUGUACCCCAGCUUCCAAGGGCUAAUGGAGGACAAUGACACGGCGCGGCUGGGCUUGGAUUUUCAGCGGAUGCUCCGCAUCAACCACAUGCUCUACAUCGCUGCCAGGGAUCACGUCUUUGCCGUCAAUCUCACUUCCUCGUCACAGCAGAUUGUCACUCAGCAGAAGCUGACAUGGAAGACAAAGAAUGUGGAGAAAUGCACAGUGAGGGGCAAGAACAGCGAUGAAUGUUACAACUACAUCAAAGUGCUUGUCCCGCGCAACGAUGAAACCCUUUUCGCGUGCGGCACCAAUGCCUUCAACCCCACCUGCCGGAAUUACAAGAUGUCCACUCUGGAGCAGGUUGGAGAGGAGGUGGCUGGACAGGCGCGCUGCCCAUUCGAGUCGCGGCAGUCCAACGUUGGCCUCUUCGCUGGUGGGGAUUUCUACUCGGCUACCAUGACGGAUUUCUUGGCCAGCGACGCGCUGAUCUACCGCAGCCUGGGAGAGAGCAGCCCCGUGCUGCGCACCGUGAAAUACGACUCCAAGUGGCUGCGAGAGCCUCAUUUCCUCCAUGCCAUAGAGUACGGCAACUAUGUGUACUUCUUCUUGAGCGAGAUUGCAGUGGAGUACACCGCCCUAGGCAAGGUGGUGUUCUCGCGAGUGGCCCGGGUCUGCAAGAACGACAACGGCGGUUCCCCGCGGGUUCUCGAGCGCUACUGGACCUCCUUCUUGAAGGCGCGGCUCAACUGCUCAGUGCCGGGCGACUCCUUCUUCUACUUUGACGUGCUCCAGUCCCUGACCAACGUCAUGCAGAUCAACCAGAAGCCCGCCGUGCUCGGAGUGUUCACCACGCAAGCCAACAGCAUCACCGGCUCUGCAGUGUGUGUGUUCUACAUGGACGACAUUGAGAGGGUUUUCAACGGCAAGUUCAAGGAACAGCGCAACAGUGAGUCCGCCUGGACCCCCGUGCCCGAGGAGAUGGUGCCCAAACCCAGGCCUGGCUCCUGUGCUGGCGAUGGCCCAGCCGCAUCCUACAAGUCCUCCACGACCUUCCCAGAUGACACAUUGACCUUCAUCAAGUCCUACCCGCUGAUGGACGAGGCUGUACCCUCGGUCAACGACCGGCCAUGCUUCACGCGCACCACCAGCAGGUUCAAGCUGACCCAGUUGGCCGUGGACACCUCGGCCGGGCCAUAUAAGAACCACACGGUGCUGUUCCUGGGCUCGGAGGACGGCCGCGUGCUCAAGGUGCUGGCCAGCACGCACGCCAACGCCUCCUUCAGCACGCAGGUCCUGGAGGACAUCGACGUUUACAACCCAGCUAAGUGUAACAUCCGCGGGGAGGACCGGCGCGUGCUUGGCCUGGAGCUGGACAAGGACCACCAUGCCCUCUUCGUGGCCUUCUCCAGCUGCGUGGUGCGCGUGCCACUCAGCCGCUGCGCCCACUACGGCUCCUGCAGGACGAGCUGCCUGUCCUCACGAGACCCCUACUGCAUCUGGCUGAAGAUGGGGCUGUGCGCCACCAUGGCGCCUGGAAUCAAGCAAGGGUUUGACCAGGAUGUGGAGAGUGGUUACACGCAGUAUCCAGACAGUUGUCAUGACGUUUUGGCCACCACGCGGAAGCAGAACACCGUAGUGGACUCUGCUUAUGGAAAGACCACCCCCACUACAACCGCCAGCACAACCAGUCAGGCAGCAGUCCUUCCCAAGGUGCCCGGUGACUCACAGAAAGGUACAGGGCCUGAGGGGCACCCUUCAGUGGGGGACCAGGGCUCACCUGACUCUGAGGCCAUCAGUGUGGAGGGUGUGCGCCGUCCUCCUGAGGUGGAGAAGACCAACCACAGUGUCCACUACACCCUCCUCAUCGCCUGCGUGCUCGUGGCGUUCGUCCUGGGCGCGUUCCUGUCCGGCUUCCUGGUCUCUUGCUACUGCAACCACAACUCGAGCAAGACCAAGAGGCUGCCCAAGGACCCGGAGGUGUCCAUCCCUCACGCGCUCUCGCUCCGCAGCCUGGCCAAGCUCAACGGUCUGCUGGAGAGUCAGAGCAAGGAGGACAAGCUGGACGUGCCGUCGCCCAAAGUCUACAACUCGUUCUUCGGCAACGGGAAAGAGCACCCCUCCCGGAGGCACCACGGAAUGGCCGACCUCAUCCACCCUCAUCACCACCACCACGGCUCCGAGCUGUCUGGGCUGCCGACACCCGACUCGACGCCGGAGCUGCCCAUCAAGAGCAUGAAGGCCUUCAAGAACCAGUGGGAAAAGAACCAGAACUGCAACAACGCCAAGGAGCCCAAGCCCCACAACGUGCCCGGCUCCAGGCCCAGCUCAGGGCUGCAGCAGCAGGUGUUCCCCUUCUCACACGGGCUGUCCAACGGCCAGGCCCUGGGUGGCUCCAUGCAUCUGGAGGAGCGCAAGAUCCACAACACGGAGCGCAUGAUGAGCCAGCAGCCGUACCACGGCUACCCGCACAAGGUGGUGGACGUCACGUCGCUGGACGAGCUCUUGAAGCACAUCCACGAGAUCAACGUGACCACAGGGGGCAUGGGCGGGGGCGGCAAGGUCAUGACCUCGUCCAUGUCGGCCCACGCUGGCCAGAUGGCCUUCGCCAACCGCGUCCAGCCGCAGAUCCCCGAAACGGAGACGGCGCCGUACUACAGCUCGUCCACGCUGCCACGGGACAGCCUGACGCGGCGUAUGGACGUGCCGCCCGACAUGCCACUGCCUCCGCCGUCGCAGUCCACGCUGGAGCGCCUCUCGCGCCACCCCGGCCACCGGCACUCGCUCAUCGCCGCCUCCAAGAUGGCCGCCGGGGGCGGUGGCGGGAUGGUGGCCCGCCAGCACAGCUUCAACCACCAGGGCGGGCGCCCGCUUAUGCUCGCGCGGAUCAACUCUGCCGGGAGCAGCAGCGGCGGUGGCGGCGGCUGCGAGGUGCGCCACCCACUCAUCCCCGGGAGCUACCUGAUGCGCCAGCACAGCUACAGCGAGCAGCCCGAGUGCCACCGUGGCGUCAACGUGCGCCGGACGGCGUCGCUCAAGCCCGACGUGCCCCCCAAGCCACUCUUCAUCCCCGCCACCUCGCCCGUCAACCAGCAGGGCAAGUUCAACUACUGAGGUCAACCACGACAGCUUGUUUUACCACCAACAACAAAAACAGGACUGCACACACAUAUCUGUGUAAUCCCAUGACUGGAAAUGAAAAUUAAAAAGAAAAGAAGAAUAUUCAAACGAGCAUUGAGAUUUGAACUGGCAGUCGGGGAUGCUGCCUCUACACUUGAGCGUGACCCACUGUCCUCUAUGUCCAUUGAAUAUAUUUGUACCAUAUUGGUAUUGCUCAGCUAUUCGCUUCUAGAUGGUGGAAAACUGGGGAUAGCAUCUGCCAGAAGAUCACCUUGUUUUUUAGGCUGCCACUGUCUUCAUUGUGGCUUUAAAUGCAACUCUGAACAGUAAGGGCUGGCAUCACCACGGAAACUGCUGGACACAAGCGGCUUUGGGCAUAUUGUGAUGCUGCUCAUCUUUUUGCUUUUGCUCAGCUAUUCUGUUGGACGUAGAGGUGAUGAUCAGUGAUUGUUUCUUAUAAUAACGUGUAUAUAUAUAUGCAUGUGUGUGUGUGUGUGUGUAUAUAUGUGUGUUCAUAUCUACACAGUAUAUAUGUAUACAAUACACAGAUCAAACACAGUAUCAUGUCUAUACUGUGGGUUACAGCUUCUCAAAAGAAACACUUUAUUUGCCUUAUUUUGAGAACAAAAUAAACUGUUACAUUUUUACAACCCCCCUCCCCUAGUAACCCUAGUAUAUUGCACCAUCUUAAAAAAAAGACCACGCAAGAGAUUUAUAAGCAAUAACCAUACCACAAACUCCCUUGAAAUGGCAUGAAAUUAAGUCUAAGCGUUUAAUUACGCAAAGCUUCAUCAUUUUGAGGAUAUUUGUAUUGCAUUCUCAAUUUCUAGUAACAUUUGGGCAGUGACCAAAAAAGGUAGGCAUGGGAAGACCACUAAUGUUCUUCUGUGGCCAUAUAUGCAGUAUUAAAACUACCCCGGACUAACGUGUGUUUGGUAUGUGUGUAUGUCCAAGCAGAAGCUUUGCAAAAACAGGUAUAUCAGCAAACAAGAGAUCAUACAUACAUUCACAACAAAUAUUACUCCCUUGGGUUUAAUUUAGUGAAGACUGCAUCACUUGCAAUUAACUUUGUAGUCAUUGGUUGUAAAUAUAGGAAUAAUAACUAGCCGAAUAUUAAUUGUUUAAUUGUGUAAAUUGUGCCUUAUUUAAUAUGGUAUGUGCUCUGGGAAAGGGUGGGGGUGACGAAUGAAAGUGAAGAUGCUACAGUUUGUGUUUUAUCUUUUUUAUUUUUCAAUUUCAAUGUCAGUAUACUGUAUGCCACAUGUACCAUAGGUUUAUAUUUCUAUCUAGGCCUUUUUGAUAUCCCCUGAACUGUGUGAAUAGGUUUAACAACUACCAGCUUAAGACUGCAGGUUCUAUUUUAAUCUAUUUGGCUCCACUCCUGUGCUUUUCCUUCUCAUUGAGUGGGUUGUUGAUGCCUUCGCACGCAUUCACAUUGCGUUCACCAGAUCUCAAAUCUGCCGGUUUAGUUGAAACACAUAUUUUUACAGUAGUGCAGUAGAGCACACAAAGAGCACCAGUAGUGUAGUGGAGCAUUCGCUUCAGAGAGUAGUGUUUGUGUUUGUACUUUUCUUCUAUUUUAUUCCACUGCUCUUAGACAACAGCUGAGACUAUUGAUAGGGGAACCAAUGCUGAUCAAGCUGUUUCAUUACAUCUUGUGUUCCAACACUGCCUGCAGUGGAACUCAAUGUGAUACUUGCUCUGCAUCUCUCUUUCUUUCUUUCUCUCUCUCCCCCCCCUGUCUAUUUUUCUUUUCUCUCUCUCUCUCAAUCUUUCUCUCUUAGACAUACACACUUUCUCGGUUCUCUGCUCUUAAGAAUACCUAUUGAUGUGGUGCUCCACUAUUGCACUUUCAGACCAAUUUCUGAGUAUUGCUUUUAACUGUACUCUUGACUAAAAUGUUCUCAAGAUUAUCAUACAAAUGUGAAACAAAAUGGUGUAUUUGUAACUGCCUGGAUUACUGCAGUUCGUCUGCACUUGAAUUCACCACAAGCUGACUUCUCAUUCAUAUAUACUCAUCAGGCUUGUAGAUGGCCAGUCAUAACACAUGUGCAUUCAAAGUAAAAUAAAAAUUAUAAUAUUUGGGAAAACAAUGGUUAAAGAAAUAUAUUGAGAACAAAAGAAGCACCUAUUACUGACAAUAGUCAUGUCAGUAUGACCUUACACCAAGAAGAGGACUGUGUUUAGUUGUUGAGAUAAAGAGUAGCUUAUUGGAACAGAAAUAGUGGUUAAUGAAGGAAAGGGAAUAGUCUUUGUCAAUUUUAAUUGCUAUAAACAUUGAGGUUUCUUGUUAUUGCACAGUGUAAAUAAAAAUAAUGUCAUUUGGAGCUUU